CCGUCCCGGAGUGGAGUGCGCGGUCGGGCGACGAGUGAAGGAGCGAGCGGGCGAACGAGACCGACGAACGAACGGACGGACGGACGGAAGGACGGACUGACGGACAGCGGGGCGAGAAAGAAAGCGGGAAAUAAGUGCGCGAGAAAAGAGUGCGAGCGAUAACGACAAGAUAUCGACGGGGGAGCCGUGAUCGCCUUUUCGCAGCCGCGACGACGGCCGUCGGGGAACGUGAAAUUCGCUCGGCGCGGGGACUCUCGGUGUGCCGCGGACUGACGAGAUAUGUCAGUGCACUUGGUGGCUGACGAUCGGAUUUUGCUCGAGGAAAUCGUCGAGUCGACGGACCAGCAGGAAACUGAGCUGUGCGGGAGCGUCGAGACGGUGGACGACGGCUCGGUGACCACGAGUGUGACGGUCGCCGAAGUCGCUGAUACUGAAGAACAGCAACCGCAGCAGCGGCAACAAUUGCCGCAAACAAAAGGUAACGUCGGGACUGGUCGACGGAUUGCUAGUCAGAACGUUGCGUUGAGCAACGGCAACGGUAUCAGCAACGUCGGCCGUGCUACGUCGCGCAGCCACAUGGAGCAGGAGAAGCGAAUGCGGCGAGAAAUCGCCAACAGCAACGAGCGACGCCGUAUGCAGAGUAUCAACGCCGGGUUCCAAUCGCUGAGGUCGUUGCUGCCGCGUAACGAGGGCGAAAAGCUGUCCAAGGCUGCGAUACUCCAACAGACUGCCGAAUACAUAUACCAAUUAGAGCAAGAGAAAACGCAACUGCUGUCACAAAAUUCCCACCUGAAGCGAUUGAUAAAUCAACAUGAUGGCGAUGUACCUAUCAAGAAACGCAAAUCCGACACCCAAGGUGUCGUCGUCAGUGUACCAAUGCACAUCAACGAGAGCGGCGAUGAGGGCUUGGGCAGCAUGUCCCCCGAGCCGUUGUCGGUAAUCACAGUGACCACAGAGGGACAUUCCGUUGUGAACCCCGAUGUAGAGCAGCUCAAGCGACAGCUAGAAAGGGAGCGUCACGCGAGAGUGCAUUUAGAGAAGCAGAUGAGAGCGAUUCAGAGUCAGUUGUAUCCAGAGAGAUUCCGGGACAAUCAGCUAAUCGCUUAUCAGCCCCACGAGGUGAUCGAGCACACGGAUAACGUGAUGGCACAGGAAACGGAGGAGGCGGUGGCCGCGCUUCAGGUGGUGUCGGUCAUGGCUUUACCACCGGUGGGCUCCAAUCAAACCGUGGAGACGUCCAGUCCGGACCCAAGCUCGCCGCCCUUGUCGCCACAGCCAACCGACAUGGUGUCGGAAGAGAUCAAAGAGGAGGAGUCACGCGCGAGUACUCCCAAGAUCGUCACCUUCACCCAGAAUCAGGUGUUCACGGCGAUGGAGGAGCCGACUACGGACUCGUUCUCGUCGUCAAGUCGUGUCACGUAUGCCACUUCGUCCUCCGCAGACUUUAAGACUGGCUCGCCUCAGUACAUCACCGCGAGUCCCAGCAGGUCCUACUCACCGACCGCCGAACCUCAGCGGCUACCCAGUGUCCUGGAGGCCGCGAUGAAGGCUGAGCCCAAAGUCGAGGUGGAGAGGUUGCCUUCCCCAUCGAACUCCUUGGACGACGGUACGCCACAGGCAAGGCUAUACAUCGCGAACACGUCCCGACAGAACCUGGAAACGAUCGUCGAGGCGAUACGUCACCUGGAGGGCGACCACUUAUUUAGCGAUGAACAGGAUGUGCCGCUGGCACUGACCAACAAACAGCAGCAACAGCAGCAGCAGCAGCAACAACAGCAGCAGCAGCAACAACAACAGCAACAGGCGACGGCAAGCACGACGUCAACAAAGUCUGCGACCACCGCGUCCGCUUCCUCCUCUUCCUCCUCUUCGUCCGCGACGACAUCUGCCACGGCAGCACCCGCGAAACAGCGGAUACUGCACGCCGAGCCACAUUUCCUCCAAUUUCAUACGCAACAGCAGACCCAACAGCGGCCCGGCGUAAUCGUGGUGAAGCAUUCGUGAUCUAACAACACUCCGCGUCCCGUACAUUGAACGAUGCAUUCAGAACGACGAUGUAUUUCGCCUCGCGAAAUCAUCGUGAUUUAUCAUUCGAAAAUGAGGAAUCCCUUUCAACCGACUCAAGAGAUCGAGCGCUCGCAGAAAGAGAACGGGAGAAGUGAUGACGAUCGUCGCGAUCGAUUAUCACGCGCGCUCUCCCUUCGCGCUGAAGCAUUCGGGGAGAUAUAUUCUGCGAGAUGCACGAAGGGAUGGAUUUUACGUAUGUUCCUACUACGCGCUUCGUUCGCCUUCGCCUUGACAGGGCCGCUAAGAAGGAUAAUUGAUGCAACCGAAAGAUUUUUAGGUAGAAAGGACAAAGUGAUUUUAAAUCGCGGACGUAGUUUAUAGGCGAAGGCGGAGCUAACUCUGAAGCUUUGACGAAAGGAUCCUCAUUGCCGAGUUUGUCAAAACGAAACUUCGUUAUCGCGCUUUAUCUCGUGUAAAUACUAACGAUUCCUCCUGAUCAUUUCCGACGAUCGCCACGAGAUCGCAUUGAAUCUCGAAGAGUCCCUCUCCUACUCUCUCCUUCCCCUCCUCCGGAGGAAAGUCCUCUUCCCUCGCGAGUAAAUCGCGAGACCCAAAGUGGACGUUUCUCCUUCCGUUUUAGUAGGUAGAACAUUUUUAAACUUAAGCGAGUAACUACCACGAUAAUAUUUCUAGUAUAAAGCUGCGUACGCUGUAUGAUAUACAUAUACAACAUUACAUGCAUAUACAUAUAUUAUUUGUAAAGAGUAUAAAAUAUAUA